UUCUUUCUCUUUUUCUCUUGCAGUAGUUUACCUUUGAGUAACAGUCCCCAGCCUCAGCCCUGCAGGAGCAGUGUUCCAGGGCCUCGGUGGUGCUCCGAUGCCCCUCACCCACUGUCGAAGAUCCCCGGUGGGCGAGGGGGUGGCAGGGAUCGUUCUCUCUCAGCUCUGAUAUACACAGACGAGAAGCUCACUGUUAUCCAAGAGGUCCCAGUGCAUGACGGGAAGCCUCAUAUUAUCCACUUCCAGUACCAGGUUACGGAAGUGAAGACCACCUCCUGGGAUGCAGUGCUUUCCAAUCGGAGCCUUUUUGUGGAAAUCCCUGAUGGUGUAUUAGCUGAUGGGAGCAAAGAAGGAUUAUUAGCACUGUUGGAAUUUGCUGAAGAAAAAAUGAAAGUAAGCUACGUCUUUAUUUGCUUCAGAAAAAGCAGAGAAGAUAGAGUUCCACUUCUGAAGACAUUCAGUUUCUUGGGCUUUGAGGUUGUGAGGCCUGACCACCCCUACGUUCCAUCACGACCAGAUGUGAUAUUCAUGGUGUACCCCCUGGAACAGACCUCUUCCUCUGAUGAAGAAUAGCUACAGUGGAGGACUUCAGUUUGACCUGAAGAUGCUUUUGAGGGAAGAGGGGGCGAUAUCUCCUUUCUUGAGGAAAGGGAAAACAAGCUUCUGUUGGACUGAAACUCCAUUUCUCAUUAUUAGAUUGGCUUGUAUAUCCUCAGAGUUGACUUUUUUUCAUUGAAAUGUGUUGCAUAGAGACCUAUAUAUAUAUACACACACAUGUAAUCACCAAAUAGUAAAUGGAAGAUGUUUAUGAACUGGCAUAGAAGCUCUCUAAAUGCAGCUGUGUGGUAUACUUGUUAGCCUAGCAGUGCCUCAGGCCCAGGCUAUGAAUGAAAAGCCUGGCAUAUUAGCAGGAUCACAGUGGCUAGAUGCAGUAUCGACUCCUUGACUUUCUAAAUCAGUGUUUGGUUGGUUUCUGCUUCCCCCCCCUUCCUCCCCCAAUCACCUGAUGUGUGGCGCGUGCUUGUUUUAAAGACUUGUAUAUUUUUAUGUUCACUCAGACUCUUAAAUAUAAGGCAUGUUUUGGGUAUAGACACAUGGAAGGGAUGUGCUUGAGUUAACUUUUAAUGACGCUACGUUUAAGGAACCCUAUACAUUUCUGCACAGGGGUAACCAACGCUGUAUGUGGUUUAACCCUGUUUUAAAAGCUUCUUGCUCUUCCAGCUUUUGUUUUAAGCAGUCUUAUUUUGUUCAGUGUUACCACUGCACUAUCGCAGCAUUCAAUAAAAGGGGCAUUCAAACUAA